AUGAAGAUAUGCCCCGUGCGGAUCCUCCCGCAGAGAUUGGGAACGACGGCCUCGCUUCAGAACCGGGGCUUGGAGAUAAACGGGGGUCGAGCGGCGUCAGUAGAGGAGGUGGAGGAUGAAGAAGAGGGAGAAGUGUAUGAGCAGGAGUUUCCGGAGGAGAAACAAGCGGGAGCAGCAUAUCGUGGCUGUAAAACCCAAUUCGAGCAGCUUCGGGAAGAGCAGAAGGCCAACGGCUGGGAGCCGUGGAAUCCAUUCAAGGACCUCGACGAAUGGGAGCUUGCUCGAUGGAUGGCGACUUCUGGAUUGAGUCAGGGAAAGAUGACCGAGUUCUUGAAGCUGAAAGUGAUCCAGGACAAGGUCCAGCCGUCCUUUACCAACACCCAGACAUUCUUCGAGCUCAUCGACUCGCUUCCCUCUGGUCCUCGCUGGUCCUGCACACCAUUUGUUUUGACUGUCGACAAAGUAGGCCUCGACGGCGAGCAAAAGACGAUGACGCUUGAGUUCUGGCAUCGCAACAUUCUUGACUGUGUGCGGGAAUUACUCGGAAACCCUCAACUUGGCGACCAGGCAUUUGAGCCCCGCCGUAUCUUUACUUCAAAGAGCGAGGCUGGAGUUGGUGUAAACCGCGAGUAUAGUGAGAUGUGUACUGGGGAUUGGUGGUGGGAGACACAGCUCAAGCUUCCGAUUGGCGCCACCAUUUGCCCACUGAUUAUCGCCUCCGACUCCACUCAGCUAACACGAUUCAGUGGCGACCAGAAGGCGUGGGCCGUGUAUCUUGGGAGCGGCAACAGUGACGCCGAUAUUCGAAGCAAGGCCUCGUCUGGUGCGACGGUUUUGCUCGGAUACAUUCCAGUCGCAAAGAUGGAAAUGUUUGCGAAGGAACGACGCUCGGAGAUCAUCCACCAGCUUUUCCAUGACUGUAUGGCGACUGUACUCCAGCCUUUGAAGGAUGCGGGGCUGGAUGGGGUGGCGGUCGAGUGUUACGAUGGCUUCGUGAGAAUGAUUCAUGCCAUUCUUGCCGCCUAUAUCGCCGACUAUCCGGAGCAGUGUCUCGUCGCCUGUGUCCGCGAAAACUCAUGUCCAAUCUGCCUUGUUAAUCCCAGACAACGCGGAGAGUAUGAUAAGGACAAUCCUCCCGAUCCUCGGAACCGUGACGAUACCCUCCGAGUAAUUGCUGCGAAGUCCCAAGGCGAGCAUCCACCAGAGUUUAUUGAGCAGAAUCUUCACCUGACACGACCAUUCUGGCAAAACCUCCCCGAAACCGACAUCUUCUCUUCGUUUACGCCAGAUCUUCUUCAUGAAAUUCAUAACGGUGUUUUUGGCGAUCAUAUCGUUGCCUGGUCAAGUGCUGCGAUGGAGGGUGUGGGGCCAUAA